AGAUCACCACUUAACAUGUCAAUCAGGAUUAAACCUCCCCUCAGAUCCACGCAGGUCCUGCGCUCAUAUAUAAGGAGCGCGCGGAGGCUGGAUUCACGCGCGGCGACGCCUGGACUUUCACGUGCGCGAGGCACCAGCAGCUUGACAGGCGUGAUGAUGAUCGAUCACAUUCGCAGAGGCGACUGAAACAUGUCAGAGCUCCCGACCGCUCACGUGCAAGCGCACCAAACUUUGCGCGCCGUCGGAUCACUUCAGUGCGCGUAAACUUGCUGCGCAAAACCAAAACCGACGAGCACUUUUCCGAGAUGGGUCUGAGGAGCGCGUGUCGCGUGUUUGUGUUCCCGCUUCAGAUGCUCUAUUUGGUGGCCAGAGCCGCUCUGUCGGCGCUGUGGCCGCGCACGAGGAAGGAGCUGACGAACGACGUGGUGCUGGUGACCGGCGGAGGACGUGGCAUCGGUCGACACCUGGCCAAAGAGUUUGCCAAGCAGGGAGCCAGAAAGGUCAUCCUGUGGGGCCGAACAGAGAAGUCCCUGAAAGAGACCGCUGAAGAGAUUUCUCUUUCAGGAACCGAGUGCCAUUACUUCUUGUGUGAUGUUGCCAAUCGGGAAGAAGUUUACAAACAAGCCAAGGUGGUUCGAGAAAAGGUGGGAGACGUUACGAUAUUAGUGAACAAUGCGGCUGUCGUCCAUGGUAAAAGUCUAAUGGACAGCGAUGACGACGCCCUUCUGAAAUCCCAACAUAUUAACACAAUGGGACAGUUCUGGACAACAAAGGCUUUCCUGCCCCGGAUGCUGGAGCUACGGCACGGCCACGUCGUGUGCAUAAACUCCAUCCUGUCUCAGUCUCCCAUUCCUGGAGCCAUAGACUACUGCACCUCCAAAGCCUCAUCGCUGGCCUUCAUGGAGAGCUUGACGCUGGGCCUGCUGGACUGUCCGGGCGUGGGUUGUACCACUGUGCUUCCAUUCCACACCAACACAGAGAUGUUCCAGGGAAUGAGAGUCAGAUUUCCACAGCUCUUCCCUCCUCUCAAACCUGAGGUCGUUGCCCAGAGGACAGUCGAUGCCGUCAGAACCGGCAAGGCUUUUCUCUAUCUGCCCUGGACCAUGCAUGCCCUUGUCAUUCUAAAAAGUUUCAUGCCACAGGUUGCACUGGAGGAAGUGCACAGGUUUUCUGGGAGUUACACGUGCAUGAACACAUUCAAAGGGAGGACAUGAAUCUGGUUGUGCACAGAAUGUGAGCGUGACCUCAGCAACUUUGGGUGCAAUGAAGGGAAUAUGGACCUUAAUGCAAGACGUGGAUGAGCCAUCACGAUGAUGUGGGAAAAACAUUCUAAGGGGACAUUUGCAAGCCUGUUACAUCUGCAGGUAGAACAAAUGGAAAAACUGCAGAACAAACUAGUCUGACAUGUCAAAUGAUGCAGGACAUUUGAGUAUCAUUUUGAACAGAAGCCAUGCAUAGCUCUGGACCAGUAGUUUUUGUGGUUUGUUUUGUUUUUACACUUGUUUUUGUUUGUUUUGCAUUUUCAUUUGUUGUCUCUGAAUCAAAACCAGUUAAUAAAAUGAGCUUUUAGACACUC